UCUAGUAUAUAAGGCUGCUCCAUGCCAUUUAGAAUCACUUUUCGAAAGGUGUUCGAAGAAUAACCAUGAACGGUUUACUCAUCGUUACCUUAGCUAUCUUCGCCGCUGGCGCGUACGCUGCUCCUGCAAUUAGCGCAGAAGAUCAAGUUCAUAAUUAUUUGGUGCGAUUUGGAUACGCAGCAAAAGAUGAUCUUCAAAACAGAGCAAGUUUAUCUGAUGCCAUCAAAAAAUUGCAAAAAAUGGCCAACGUUCCCGAAACUGGUGUUAUAGAUGAAGCUACCAUUGAGUUUACCAAGAAACCUCGUUGUGGUGUUGCCGAUUAUGAGAACGGCAAACAGCGAUACCAUGCGUACAAAGCCUGGAGCAAGAGAGAUCUAACAUACAGCAUUGGAACUGGAACUAGCUACAUAACCCAAAAACAAUACGAAGACUACUUUGCAGCCGCUUUGGGAGUUUGGGGCCCAUAUGGCGCUCUUUCUUUCACCCGCGUCUACAACGAAUCGGAAGCUGAUAUCGUUUCCUACUUUGGCAGCCAUAAUCAUGGAGAUGGUUAUCCUUUUGAUGGACCAGAUGGUACCUUAGCCCAUGCAUUCUUCCCUGAUGAUGGCGACAUCCAUUUCGACUUAUCCGAAAAGUGGGAUUUGGAAGGCAAAGAGGGUUUUUAUGACUUCUACAGCGUGGCUAUCCACGAAUUGGGUCACUCCAUGGGGUUGGGACAUUCAAACGUAAAGGAAGCUAUAAUGUACCCCGCGUAUAUGGGUGGUGGACGAGAUAGACUCCAUGAUGAUGACUAUGAUGGUAUGAUGCGGCUCUAUUAUAACCGUUGAACCUCGAUAUAUAGUAAUUGUCAUAACUGCUAUCACAGAUAGUUAAUCUGUGUUGCUAUUAAUGAAUAAAUGUUUAAAACGUA